AUGUUUUCGGAAGAAAAUAAUCAAAAGCCUGCCAAUCUUCCAUUUAUCUCUCCAAAUACAGUCUCCAGUUCCCCCAGUCAUCUCCAGCAACAGGAAUUCUCUCCGCACCUCCCGCUUGGAUUGAUGGAGAUCCCAGCACACCAGCACGAGGGAUUCAAACGUAAUGCAACUGGGAGAAGCUCCAUCGCCUCCAACUUCCCAACCUCACAAAUUGGCCUCGUGUCACCGAUCUCAAGCGUGGGAGUUGGUCGGAAGCGAAAGACGGGCAGCGACGAUGAUGCUACAACUGUGACUGGACCAGUCCAGCCCGGCAAGAAGAUGCCCGCAAAGAAGCGUGCUCACAAUGUCAUUGAGAAACGAUACCGAGCCAAUCUCAACGAGAAGAUUGCCGAACUCCGCGACAGCGUGCCGAGUCUGCGGACGUCGAAGAAUCCAAAUGGCGAUUCAAAUGAGGAAGAAGACGAUGGAGAUGCUGCUCAGUCCGCCAACAAGCUCAACAAGGCUUCCAUUCUAUCCAAGGCUACCGAGUAUAUCAAGCACCUCGAGAUUCGCAACAAGCGGCUCGAAGACGAAAAUACUGGCCUAAAAAACCGUCUGCGCCAGGUCGAUAAAGCAGCCGAUCAAGCAGUGACAUCGUCGGCCUCCGUUUCCUCACCCAGCAAUUACACAGCGUCCAGUGAUUCCAACGCCGGCACGUCACCAAGUGUUUUUUCUCAGCCGGAGGAACUCGACAGCCCGCCGACUUCAGGUAGCCCUCCCGAAGGCAUGAUCAAGAUUCCCGACUCUCUCAAACGAUUCCGAGAAGAGAACGCACCUCGAGGAAUUUUCGCCGAAUCAUACCUGUCAGCCUCACCCUCAAAUGGCCCGUUGGCUCGAGAGGAGGGAUCCCGUCGACGAUCAAAGAUGCCGAAUAAGUACAUGUUGGGGGCUCUUGCUGGACUCAUGGUCCUGGAAGGCUUUGGCUCGGACAAGUCCGAAUCGGAGGCAAAGGGUUUACUGGCGAUGCCACUGAACCUCUUGAACCGCCUCCAGCCGUCUUCUCUUGCUCACUGGCAGUACUACAUGAACAGUUUCUGGUACUCCCCGCAUGCACGGGCUAUCUCGCACUUCCUGAUUCUUGCCAUUAUGGUCUUUGGCAGUGCCUUCAUUGUCUUUGUCUACCUCUUUAACUCUGAGCCUGUUACACAGCGUACCCCAGCCAAGGCAGUUGAAGCAAAGACGACCGCCCCGACAUCAAGUGACUUUCGUCGCCAGGCUUGGCUGACAAGCAUGCAACGAGUGGGUGUACCACGACACAGGUUCUUCCGCGAAUGGUAUGUUGUUACAUCGCGAUGCUUUGAGUACGUCUUGCGGUGCUUCAUGGGCUGGAAGAUCUACUCAUGGGUCACUGGGAUCACCGAAGAGGAUGAGAAAGGCCGUGUCAAGACAUGGGACAUCGCCAUCGAUGCUCAACUUACGGGUGGUGAUGCGGAGAUUAGCAAGAGCCGCCUCGUGCUGACCAUUUUCGCUGCCGGGACACUUCCUUCAAGCCCAAUGCGAAUGAUGCUUAAGGCUUUGCAUGUUCGAAUUCUUUUGUGGCGGGUUGGCGAGCCUGGUUCCUGGAGUUUCCAAGUUUCCAACGACAUUGCUCGUGCUCUUGCCCGAUUCCAGUGGGGCGUCGCGAAAGAUAUCAACGAUGCACUUCCCGGGGGACAUCCAGACAGACUUCCAUCUCAUCUCGCUACUCUCGUCGAUAUAGACUGCGAAGAUGUCAUGACUGAUAGUAUCAUCCAACGUGCUGUGAACCUAACCUGGAACCGGCCUACACAGGAAGGCACUGGUGAUGACGAGGUUAUGCUUGAUGUGGUUGAAGAAGACCCCGCCAUUCAGUGUUCCGUCGACGCACUCGCAGCCUGGUGGUCUAGUCAUCUUCUGCAGAAUGCCCUUCUGAAAUACCUGGAGGCCAGCGAAGGCGGUCCUGUUUCCAAAACAAGCCGCGACGCGUUUAAGGAGAAGAUCCGUAUGGCCCUCAAUGUGGCUCCCGGCCUCUCCGCUGCCUAUGCCCGCGCUCUAGUCAUGAAGGCAGUUUUCUUUGAGCAAGGCCGUAUUGAAAACGUCGGGGCAGUUCUCGCCACACUUCCGAAAGAUAAGCGAAAGGACAAGCAUAAUCAGACCGCAAACUUCCUGGAUUCCUCGCUGCCUGUCUCGGUUCGGGAUGAAAUCUCGAUCGCGGUGCGGUGUGCGAUGAUUGCCACGGUCGUAACCUCCCGAUCUGCUGGUGACACGAGUCUACCCGCUUCUUUUACCCUUCAGAAAGCCAUCAAUUGGUUCAACCAACUCCCCAUUGACCCCGUCGAGCUAAGCUUGCUCGGUUUCUCAGCGGUCUAUCAUUUGAUGCACCUCCUUGCUUCCGAUGUCGAUUACAUUGUCUCAUCAGAUUCUUCUGCCCCUUCCGCGCCGCCUUCCGAGGCUGCCUCUGCAGAUGAUGAGGCCGACGAAAAGCCUCGUGUCCCAUGGAAGCUCGCGGUGUGCCCCCGCGAUAUCCCAAACUUGGGCCGAGUUGCCGCCGAGCUCAUCUACUGGUCGCGGAAUGCCUACAACCCAGCAUUCUACGGCUUUUCCCCCACACUUGUUGAUGUGAUAGUUAAGUCAUGCUCUACUGCCUGUGCGAAUGCAGGCAUCAAUGUGGAUGACUUUCUGCACACGCCACCGCCGGAGAUGGUUCAGUCAAGAAAGCGACGCCAACGUCGUCGCCGCGGUGCAUCCGACCAGUCUCAUCAGAGCGAUGCUGAUCAGGACGUGAUCGGAUCUCGUUCCGGAAAGCCUUUGCGCAGGGAACGGUCUGCUAGCAAUGACACUGGAUAUGGGAGCCUUAGCCUGGAGGAUGACGCUCAGUGUAUUCCUAUUCCUAAUGUUCCGGAGAAGGUCCAGGAGGUUUCUGCUUAA